UUUAUUUUCCCCGACAUGUUUCCGAUAAAUAUCGGCUGCCGCAAUAUGAUUGGUUAGCGGUUCAUACUCACACAAGCUCACUGUCCAGUAAGCAGUUUCACGAGUACGAACUGACCAAUCCUAGCACAGGAGGCGGGACUUCUUCUUUUUUUUGUACUCGCUCCGCUCGCAUAUAGCUGUUUUGACUAAUAGUGAGUGAUGGAAAUUUUCAGUCAUAUGUGGCGAUACAUACGGCUUCAUCUGAUCUAGGUUGCCUUAGAAGCAGUGUGUGGAUUAAUUUUGAUCGAUUCACUCGGCUGGCGUUGAAGAGUCGUUUGAAAGGAGCCGAGUCGCUGUGAGUCACCGCGCUGACUCGUGCGGGCUUUCAGUUGUUCACAUGGAGCCAAGUUAGAAUGGAUGUGUCGGAGUUGUCUCACUUUCUACUUACGUGAAACUAUGAAAAAAGACUAUUUGUGUAGCUGCCUUUGGGGUGCAGAAGACCUAUCAUAAACGGUUUGAGAUGAAGAAGGACAUUGACACAUUAAUAGCUGAAGAACGGGCUGAGAUCAUCUCAAAAUAUGAGAAGGGCAGAACGGAGGGCGUUCACAUUAACCCUUGGGAGGAUGCCAACUACAAUGUCUACAAGGUCAUGGACCGCUUUGGCUUCCUGCAUGAGGAGGAGUUACCCACACCGAGUACAGUGGAGGAGAAGCAUAAAAAUCAGGAGAUUGAAAGGGUGGAGAAAUGGCUUAAGAUGGUGAAAAACUGGAACAGGUACCAUAACAAUGAGAAGAUGAUGAAGCGUGUGUAUAAGGGGAUUCCCCUGCAGCUGCGUGGCCAGGCCUGGGCUCUCCUGCUGGAGCUGGAUCAGGUGAAACAGCAAAAUGAGGGGAAAUAUGAGAAAAUGAAGGAACAAGCCAGGAAUUUCUCAACAGAAAUCAAACAGAUAGACCUGGAUGUCAACAGGACUUUUAGGAAUCAUGUAAUGUUCAUGGAGAGAUUUGGAGUCAAACAGCAAGCCCUGUUCCAUGUGCUGGCAGCGUAUUCGGUCUACAAUACGGAGGUGAGCUACUGCCAGGGCAUGAGCCAGAUUGCAGCCAUUUUACUGAUGUACCUGAACGAGGAGGAUGCAUUCUGGGCCCUGUCUCAGCUUCUCACCAACCAGAAGCAUGCUAUGCAUGGAUUCUUCAUCCCUGGCUUCCCCAAACUGCACCGCUUCCAGACUCAUCAUGACCAGAUCUUGGCUAAACUUCUUCCAAAGCUCAAGAAGCACUUGGAUAAGGAGCAGAUGACUACUGGUAUAUACACAACCAAAUGGUUCCUGCAGUGUUUUAUCGACAGGACACCAUUCACGUUGACUCUGCGUCUCUGGGACAUUUACAUUCUUGAAGGAGAGAGGAUUUUGCCUGCCAUGGCUUACACGGCUCUUAAAAUACACAAGAAGUGUCUGUUGAAGAUGCCUUUGGAGGAUCUGCGAGAGUUUCUGCAGGAGAGCAUCUCCUCCUCCUUCCAGCUGAGCGAUGAUGCUGUUAUAGAGCAGCUGCAGAACGCCAUGUCUGAGCUACGAAAAAUGAAGUUGGAUCUUCCUCCUGCACCUAAAGGUGAUGAGCUACCGAAGAAACCUCUGGGUGUAGAGCAUCCAAUUGUGCUAACCCCUAUAACCUCUGUACAGCCAGCCAAAGAUGCUGACCAAUGCCCAGUUCACCCUCAAACAAAUAGCCCCACCAUUCGGAAGCGGCUUCCACCUACGCCUCCAGCCAGAGCAGUAUCCCUGCACCCCCAGCCACAGUGUCCAGAACUCCAAAUCUCAUAUUCACAGCCAGACAUGAAAAGCCCCGAGGCUGGUGCUGCAGAAGAGAGGCUGGUUUCCUCUUCUGCACGUAAUUCUCUGUCACCCGGGAGUAGAGAGAACCUUUUCCAGGCAGACUCGGGUGAAUGGCCUCCUCCAUACCUGCCCUCAGAGAAUGAGGUAUACAUGGAGACUCUAAUGUAUACAUGUAUACAGGUGGACUCUCUAAAUCUCCCUGAACUGCCUCCACCUCCUCUACCCUGCCUCGACCCAGAGUCUGGGAUUGGUCUUUCACCCUCGGAGGGCUCGUUCCCACCAGCGCCAACCAAACUGAACCUCAUCCAGGAGGAUCUGUCUACAUCACCAUCUUCCUACAGAGCACAGCGACAGUAUGGCAAGUUCCCUGUCAAUUUUUACAUCCCGGUAUCCCCGGGUGCUCGACGACCCUCUGAACACUCUCAUUAUGACAAUCUGUCUGAAGAAGAAGAGCAGUCUAUAGAGAAGAUUCCAGGAGACCAGGAGAACUUGGGCCUCACUUCUCAGCCCUGGCCUUCUCCACCUAGCUUGUUUUACAUUCCUGACUCGGCUCCAGCUCCACCUCUAAAGCCAGCCACAGAACACCUUGACCCUCAUGGCUGUGUAACAUCAAACUGCGCCUUCCUUCAACCUCCGCCUGAGUUUACAGACCCGCCGUCCGCUGUUUCUUCUCCUCUGCUACCUUACACAGCAGUCCAGUCUGCGCAGAACCAGAACGUCUACAGGAAUCAACUGCAGCCUCCCAGACUGCCAAUAAAACCUGCAGCACUUUCCUCCCAGCCCAAACCAGUGUGUGCUGACUUUAACCGAAUGCAUGUCCCAAAUCACCAACCGCCAAAGCCAGUGACCUUCUAGCACAGGAAACUGUGCACUCUCCUUUGUGCCAUUGCAAUAAAAAAAAAAUUAAAAAAGAGGCCAUGUUGAGUGUCCAUGAUGGUUACGGUUUUCAGUGUUGAACCCCUUUUUAAAUUCUUAUGUUUUAGUCACCUUAUGGUGCUCGAGAAUUUGCGACUCAUUUUGUGUUUAGUAAUAUUUAACCUAGCAUAUUUUGCCUCAUUAAGGCGAGUGAGUGAGUGAGUAGUUAUAUUCUUCUGCUUCUAUUGGUUUUGUUCCCUUUUUUUUUUUUUUUUACAAAUAGUAAGCCAGUUGUCUAUUAAAACUCUGAUUUGUUUACAAUGCAAAGGUAAACUAGAUUAUAAUAAGGGUGCCAUCAUUUUGUAUAUGCAGCAAGCAUACACCAUAGUACUUUCAAGAUAAUCCACAGCACACACAUUCCUCCCUUUAGGCAUUUUGGAAAGGUGUCCAAGAAACAGUUUUUCUAUAAAUUGGUGGCCAUAAAAGUGUUUAUUGAAAUAUGUUGACUGUGUUUACAGUUGCUGUUUAGGCAGCUUCAUGUUUGUUUCAUGCAAAACAUGUCAUGUAAAGUGUCAAACGAAUACCUUACUGUUUAAAAAAAAAAAAAAAAAAAAAAAAAAACAA